AUGAGGUGUGUCCGCCCAGAUGAGAUGAACAGGACAUCUGUGGGUUCCAAGAGUUUGAACCUGGCGUUGCUUCGACCCAAACUCCCAGCUGAGAUCUUUACGCCACAGGCAGUUGCUUUGCCCUAUGGAACGAUGCAGAAGUCGCUAACAGAUGAUGCCAACAAGGAAGUGUUGCCUAUGCUACAGAAGGUCCUGAACCGGCUACAGCCGCAUACUUCCAAUGAAGAUGCACAAGUUAUCUUCGAAGAGGCUCAACAGAUUAUCGAGUCGAUGAAGUUCCCAAAGGCACUAAAGGAGGCCAUGCACAAGGCCAUGGCAGAGGUGGGUGCCAAAGAUGGAGAGGAGCGCCUUACCAAAUUGUUCCAUGAACGAGAUGCUUGGACCGCCGUGAAGGGCGUUUGGUCGUCUUUAUUCGCAUUGCGGCCAUGGGUGUCCUUAGCAAAGGCUGGAAGAAGUUUCCAUGAUCUGAAUAUGGCGGUACUUGUUCAGGAGCUUGUGGAAGCCAAAUAUGCCUUUGUGCUCCACACGAUCAAUCCUUUCACUAAGGACAAAGAUGAACUUUACGGAGAGCUUGUGGCUGGACGAGGGGAGACCUUGGUUGGGAAUUUCCCGGGACGGGCCUUGAGCUUUGCUGUGCGCAAGGGCGGCGAGCCUCGCGUCAUUUCUUUCCCCAGCAAAAGCGUGGCCUUACAUACCCAACAUUGUCUCAUUUUCCGCUCAGACAGCAAUGGGGAAGACCUUGAAGGUUUUGCUGGUGCUGGUCUCUUUGAAUCGGUUUGUGCAGAACAGGACAAGGAAGGCUUCCAAAGACUGCAUCGCUUGAAUGUGGUCACGGAUGCGACAUACCGAAUGCAGCUGCUGAAGCGAAUUGCAGAGGUUGGAUGGGCCACAGAGAAGGCCUUCGAUGGAGCGCCCCAAGACAUCGAAGGUUGUGUUGAUGUGAGGGAACGCAUUUUCAUUGUGCAGAGUCGUCCUCAAGUUUGA